AUCGAAUAUUAAAUAAGGAUGAGAUGAUAGACGCGAUCGUUGUGAACGUUAAGUGGAACGCAUCCUGUAUCUGUCACGUUGCUUGAAAUCCCCACAAAUUUUUAAAUUUAAUAUGAGAUAGAUAUAUAUUUUCGCGUUAAACAGAGAGAGAGAACGAAGACGUUGAGUGCAAAAGUGCAAGCAACGUGAACAGAUCUAUUUGGUGCAAUGUUUACAAAGAAAUGACAAUUGACUUUGUUGAUCUGUCACUGUCGUAACGAGGAGAAUAGAGAAGAUGCACUGAUAAGGAAUAACGGUAUUGUCGAAAUAAAGAUGACGAACGAAAUAUCGGUGAAUAUUCUGACAUUGAAUUGUUGGGGCAUACCAUAUGUGUCAAGAAACAGGAAUGAACGUAUGUACGCUAUCGCAGAAAAAUGUAUCAGUAGGGAAUAUGAUAUAAUCUGUUUGCAAGAAGUUUGGUCUGUUGAUGAUUUUAAUCAGAUAAAAACGAAAGCACAGGAAGUACUUCCCCACUCGCAUUAUUUUCAUAGUGGAGUCUUGGGAUCAGGAAUAUGUAUCUUAUCACGAUAUCCCAUUCAUGAUGUUAUGUUUCACAAGUGGCCUUUAAAUGGUUAUGUUCAUAAAAUACACCAUGGAGACUGGUUUGGUGGCAAAGGAGUUGGGCUGUGUAAAAUAAAAGUUUUUAACAUGAAUAUCAAUGUUUAUAUCACACAUUUACAUGCUGAAUAUAAUCGUGAAAAUGACGAGUACAUGGCUCAUAGAGUACUACAAGCGUUUGAUACUGCUCAAUUUAUAAAGAUGACAAGUGGUGGCGUGGAUGCUAUCAUUUUAGCUGGUGAUCUUAAUACAGAACCGCAAGACUUGGCUUAUAGAAUUAUACGUGGUGUUUCUGGUUUAGCGGAUACAUGCCCCGAUAGUCAGUCUCACAUAGGGACCAACGAAUGUGCCAAUAAUAGUUAUACCAGCUCAAAACUUGCUCGAACACAGCCAAAUGGAAAGCGUAUAGAUCAUAUCAUGUAUUUAGGUUCGAAGACCGUAAAGGUUGAAGUUACAAAUUUUGGACAUCCUUUGCCAAAUCGUGUGCCAUAUAAAAAUUUUAGUUAUUCCGACCAUGAUGCUGUGAUGGCUACACUUAAAUUCACUAAUGAUAAACAUGAUACAAAAGAUCUGGAUAUUAUCGAUUCCCUAAAAGAAGCAAUAGAAAUCUGCGAAGAUGCAUUAAAAAGUGUACAACGCCAACGUUUUUGGUAUACAUUAUCAACUUGUAUGCUGAUCAUUCCAUUAAUUUGGAUCAUUUGGCUAAAUUGCAUGAACAUUUCUUUAGCUGCAGACAUUGGUUUGAAUAUAGUAUGUAUUCUUCUGACUGCAUUGUUAUGCUACACUGUAUUUAUGAGUUCACUAUGGAAUUGUGCAGAGAAGAAUGCAUUAAGAGCAGGACGUUUAGCUAUAGAAAUUUACAUGAGACAUUUAGAGAAUAAUCAAAACUGA